AUGUAUGAUUCGUCGAGAAAAAAAAAUACUGCUCAUCCUUUGAAUUACGUGCACCUUACAAAUAGUAGAAAAACAGUCAAUGAUCUUGAAACACAAUUGAUGAAUAUUGAUAUGACAGUUGGUUUAUUUCUUGAUGAAAUUUUGGCAAUUGUUGAUGAAAGCCCUGAUCUAUUAGCUACAUUAUCAUCAACAUUAUUAGAUGAUGUAGGAAAACAAAUGACAAAUUUGAUGUAUUGA